AUGUCUCUUUCUCAGUCUCCCGCAGCAUCUGCUCGUUCCCUGCCUACUUCACCUUCUCGCAACUCUGGCCACCAUUCUGACUCUACUGCGCGCACUGUGAACCUACCGCCGUUCAGCACGGUCUCCAAGAUCUCGGAGGUUUCCGAUAAUGGGCCAGAGGAUGCGCCCGUCCGCCAGGAGUUAGCCGCGCGUGCAAUGUUCAAGACCGUCGAGAACUUCCUCGACCUACAUCGCGAUGCAUACGGCGCCCGCCAAAGCGCGCUUUGGCUGUUUACAGAGUGGGGGCGAGCGGUGCUUUGUCUAGGGACGAUAAUUUGCCACCGUCUUCGAGUCGGAGUCGAUUGCUACGCGCGUAUCGUGCAAUUCAUCGCACGCAGCCACAACGAAGCGCUCUUUCAAACAAAACUCAUUGGUUGGCAAACUCCCAAAGGCUGGCACGAUCAGUCACCGGACGUAUUCCACUACAUUGUGGCCCCACUUGAACGCUGCAACCCGGAGUUCUCAGGGCCAGGUUGGUCCUACUUCACAUACGACGAUUCGAUCAAGCGACUCGCCGAAGACGCAAUAGCACGCGUCAAAUUUCACUUGGGCAACCCAACACCGCUGCAACUCCCUGGAGGAGACCAUAUCAUCGGGUGGAUGAUACAAGGAUUCAAGAUGUCUCCCGUUCUUCAUGCCUUCGAUACCCGCCUCAGCACAGGCUUGACCGUCGCAGUCGAUGAUCUCCACCUACCCAUACGAGUCGAUAUGGUCCCGGCCCCGGUCGCUCUCAACCCGGUCGCUCUUACAGUGAGUUUACAGACAUGUCUGCUUCAGAAUGCCGACAGCUGA